AUGACUCUCACCAGCGAUCUCAUCAACUACGCCAUCUUCAUCCCAUGCGUCGCCUUUAUCUCGCACACGAUGUUGAGGACGGCUCAAAGCGAAUUUGUACCGGAGUACCGCGACUGCGUCAUCGGCACUGUCAUCGGCACCGUUUUUGCACAGAGUGUAGGAUACAUGUUCAAUUGGGUGAAGCGCAGGACCGGCGGGCCCCCGGGUCCGGAGCAGGCCAGAGCGGCUUGA